CGGUGUAGCUCAGAGAUUGUCAGGAUACUCAGAUCAGCGCCACUGGGACUGUGCUCCUUCUGUUGGAAGAGAAAGUGCAGGACUUUAACCAUGAUUAGGACUUCAUCACUCAUUUUGGUUUGGCUGUUUGCGAUUGUUGGGGUAAAAGCAAGCUUUUUGGGCUAUCUGACAAGAAUAAGAAGAGACUGGGUUGUGCCUCCUAAAACACUGAAGGAAAACUAUGACUACACUCAACUGGAUUCUAUUGCCAAGAUUCGGUCAGAUUUUGAUGAUGGCCAAGGGAAUCUACAGUACUCGCUGGAAGGGAUAGGAACAAGUAUGUAUCCCUUCCAUGUAUUUGUGGUCGACCCAAGGACUGGAGAGAUUCGUGUAACCAAAGUCCUUGACAGGGAGGAAAUUGCUAUGUACAAUCUGUCGGGUGUUGCUACAUACCGCAAUGGUACGCUAGCAGAGAGAAACAUUGACCUCAGAGUCAAGGUUUUAGACGAAAAUGACAACCCUCCAGUGUUUAGUAUCAUGAAGCCUGCAGAAGUGCCAGAGUUGAGCCCUGAAGGGACCUUUGUCAUGAUGGUUAGUGCUACCGAUGCAGAUGAGCCUGGGAACAUCAACUCCAAAAUCCGUUACAAGCUUCUGAUGGAUUCACCUGAUGCGGACAUGUUCGAGAUGGAUGAGGAUGGAAGCAUCUACGUCAGAAGGUCCACACUGGACAGAGAGACAAAGGAUCAGUACGUUCUGACAGUAGAAGGUCAAGACUUAAACGGCAGCCCAGAAGGAAACAAGGGAACUGGCACCGUAACCAUUAAUCUCAAAGAUGUGAACGACAACCCCCCUACUCUGGAAAAAGAAGAGUAUGAGGCCAGCAUCGAGGAGAAUCAGGAACAUGUGGAAGUGAUGAGACUCAAAUCAUUUGACUUGGACCAAAAGGGUACAGCUAACUGGGAAGCUGUGUAUGAAAUUGUCACAGGCAAUGAGGCCGGACACUUCAGCAUCACUACAGACCCCAUCACCAAUGAAGGCAUCCUCAUGCUUGACAAGGCUGUGGACUAUGAGGAUGUGAGUAACCUAGGCCUGGGCAUUGCUGUGAGAAACAAAGCUCCAGCAUAUGAUGGAUCUGCCGGAACUGGAACAACAAUAAAUUUUGGGGGAGGAGGUGGUGGUGGAGGUGGUGGAGGAGGAGGUGGAUCAAGUGCUACUGGUACGGGAGGUGGAUCUGGAACAUCAACAACAUGGCAUACUUGGUCAUCUUAUAAAACAUAUCCAAUCAAAAUCAAUGUGAAGAACCAACCAGAAGGUGCGGGAUUUCACCCAAAUGUCAAGGUUAUUCUCAUAUCAGAGGGAAGCACUUUCAACAUUAAAGAUAUUAUCACCGCAUAUCCAGCAAUCGAUGCAGACACCAAAAAGCCAGCUGAGAAUGUCAGGUAUGUCAAGGGUUAUGAUCCUGACCAGUGGCUGAGUAUUGACCCAGAAACAGCUGACAUCAGACUGCUCAAGAUGCCCGAUAGAGAAUCCCCCCACCUGGUAAAUGGAACAUACACUGCUAAAGUGCUCUGCAUUUCACAAGACAUGCCUGGUAAGACAGCCACAGGUACCAUAGCCAUCCAGGUUGAAGACUUCAAUGACCACUGUCCCACACUUACCAGUGAAAUACACACAAUGUGUACAGAAUUGGAUUCUGUGACUGUAAAUGCAAAAGAUGAAGAUGUGUUUCCAAAUGGACCACCUUUCAGUUUUGAAGUCAUCCCUCAGGGCACAACAGGAAAGUGGCACGUGGAGCAUUUAAAUGACACUGCAGCUGUUUUGAGGGCUGAAGACACACUGUGGCCUGCGGUAUAUGAGGUGGAAUUAUUGGUGAAGGACGAGCAGGGAGUAGCCUGUCCUGAGCCACAGAAAGUCAAAGUCCAAGUUUGUACGUGUGACACCAGAAAAACCUGUGAAAGGAAAAGUCUCAAAUCAGAGCUCGGACCUGCCGGCAUUGGACUGCUGUUCUUGGGCCUUCUGCUCUUACUACUUCUUCUACUUUUCCUGCUGUUCUGCCAUUGCGGAAGUGCUGUAGGUCUGCCAGAAGGUUUUACUGAGAUGCCAUUUGACACCAAAUCACAUCUUAUUGCCUACCACACUGAGGGCCAGGGCGAGAACGCGGCAGUGCCAUUAGUGAACAGAAGUUCAAAUGUGGAUGGUGGAACGAGCAAAAUGGGAACAGCAGGUUUGAUCAACACAGUGCCUGUGGGUAUCAAAGAGAACUUCAUCUCCAUGGACCAGGGCUUCCUACACGGAGACCACAGUACUGGCCGAGCCAAAUGUGGAUGGGGGAUGACAGAACACAGGCAGGACUUUAUCUCUGAGUUUCAAGACAUGGAGGCAAGAGGAGGAGGAGCACAAGGAAGAAGACAAGAUUUUAUUGAUAGUAUUACAUUACCAGACUACUUCCUCAGGCAGUACUACACUGAGAAAGUAAACAGUAAUUGGGAAAAGCAGACGGUGAAGGACAGUCAGUUGGUGUACGACUAUGAGGGCAACGGUUCUCCCGCUGGCUCGGUGGGCUGCUGCAGUCUUCUAGAGACUGAUAAUGACCUGCAGUUCCUCAAUGAUCUUGACCCAAAGUUCAAAACCCUGGCUGAGAUCUGUGGAGGAAAGACGAUCCAAACUGAAGUUGAAGCAACACCCACUCCCCGACCCAGGACCACCAUCAACACUCUAACUUCAGUAUCAAAUGUGAUGUCUACCCAGCAGCCAUUCACUCCACCCAAAGUGCAGUCACCUGUCCAGAAGACAGAGGAGACUGUGGUCAAGGAGUCAUCUAAGAACAUUGUGAGGGAAGCAGCAAUGACACUGAGAGAAGAUAAGAUCACAGUGACUGACGGGAAGGCAAAUACUGGCCAAGUGGUCAUGGUACAGCAGCCACAGCCUGUUUACUACACCACCACACCUGUAGCACAGCCUGUGCACUACAUUGUUCAACCACAGAUGCAGAACACUGUGUUGCUGGCUGAGGCACCACCCACCAACCUUCAGAGAAUGAUCCUGGUGAACGGCACGCAAACAGUCCCUGCCCAAGGUAACGUCAUUCAGAGAGUUGUAUCCAGUGCGCAAGCACAAACCCCUGGCAUGGUGCUGGUUGAAGGGAACAGGCACAACUUGUCAGGCUCUCAGGCUAUGAUGGUUGUAGAAGGCCAAGUACCAGCAGGAUCCAUGAAGGUCCUGAAGGGUAGCCAGCCAGGCUCUCAGGCUAUGAUGGUUGUAGAAAGCCAACUACCAGCAGGGUCCAUGAAGGUCCUGAAGGGUAGCCAGACCUGCUUGGUGCAGGGAGGUACUCUCCAGCCAGGAGGACUCUCUGGAUCCCAGAGAGUCCUGGUGGUUGGAGGCCCAACAAUUAGUGGAGGGAAGCUUGUCCAGGAAGUUGGAGGUCAGUCUCUCAGAAAUGGUAGUUCUAGCUCUCAAAGAGUCCUCCACAGCAAAGGCAGUACCUCUGGUGCAUCGCAGAGCAGUUUAACAGGUUCUCAUCCCUCUACCAGCCCUCAAAGCACAAUCCCAUCCUACCACAAGGUGGUGGUGCAGGAGAAAAGAGAAAUCAUCAAAUGAGACAUCUGCACUUCAAAGCUAUGUGGGCUGAGAGAAGGCAUGUUUGAUUUAGUUCAGACAUGUAGCAAGCCAAUCUCAUCAUCAUUUUUAUGAGACUCAAAAACUUUACAUGUCAGUUUAAUGGGGAGGUUGUGCUGCAGCAGUCUGGCAAUAAAUGAAUUCACAUGUGUCUGCAUGUCCAUAUUUACUGGAUAGGUCUAAAUGUGUCUUAGAGCAACACACCAGGCAUUGUGUUGAUGUAUAUUUUUUGUGUUGCAUUCCACUUGUGCAAGACUAGCAACAAAUCUCAGCAUUUCAUAAAUUUUACCAUUUUUAAUAAUGUGUGAUGCACGUUUAAGAGAUUAAGAAUAACCCAAACCUCUCUGAUGUUAGCAGAAUUUAUCGGUCCACAUCAGCAAACCAAAUGGUCAAUUUCUAAGGUUCCUUUUGCUGCAAUAACAAGACAGUGUAGAAUCUGUAAUAUCAAAAGCCAGAUCAUUUAACACUAUGGAUGAGUGCAAAAGUGUGCAUCCCCUUAUUUUGAAAUGGCAAAAUAUAAUAUUUAAUCACUGUUCAUAUCAUGAAAAUGUUCCUUCAUCAUCAAAAAUAUCCAUGAAAGGCAUCAGAGGACUCACGCAAACCCUGUGCACUCACUCUGGCCGGAGUAGGACCAUAUGUUCACUGUCAGUGUUAAUUUAACACUGUCAGUGUUAGUUUUACACUGAUGAUUUUACUGUGUACACACACCACAAUACGGCAAGUAAGUAUGCAUAUGUCUGUAAUGGCAUUUUUGACUAUGUGUGACUUGAACACAUGAUUUCUGUGUGACGUCAUUAUGAAGUCAUUCAUACCAGUCAAUCAUAAAUAUUUUGCUGAUCGGUAUAUGCUUUUGAUCAUCCAAAUUUUCUUCUUAUGACUGGUUCACAGGGCAACAUAAUUAUCCCGAUUUCUGACUCAAUCUAACCCCUUCCUACAACCUUAAGGAUGCCCCAACUAUCAUGAUGGCUCUAAAGAUAAUCUUUUCAGAUAUUCUUGCUGUGUGUGGUGGGUUAAGAUUUCUCUAGUCUGUGCGGAAGGACGUUGGGACCCCUCAGACCUCAAAUCAUGAAUAUCCCACAUGUUGGAUUGUCUUGGCCCGAUAUCCCAGCAUGUGUGGUGUUCUCCCAGCACAAAUUCUAGCACACAGCCUGUUGAAUGUGACAUGUAGCCAAUCAGAAAGCAAAGUGACGGAAGCACGGAGGGGAAUCCAAAAUUAUUUACUCCAAAGUCACGUUUGAUCUCCAGAGGUUUUGCAAGAUUUCCCGUCUGACCUGGGAAUGUUUGUGAGCGAAAUCUGCUCAUGUGUGUUUUCUUUACCAUGUAGCUGCACAUCACACACUGUAUGACCAAAACUGUUAGAUCUAUGUUUUUUUUUUUAAUCACCAUGUAUGGGGUCUCUCAGGUAUUGAAAACCUACCAACAAUUUUAAAAUCUUGCCGUGAGAACCAGGUGUUAAUUGUUAUGCAGAGGUGUUUUUCAGACCAUAUCCAAGCAAUAUUCCCACCAUGUUUGAGCAUCUAAAAAGAAAGUUUUAGUGAAAUUGCAAAAAAAAAAUAAUAAUAAAAAUAAAAAAAAUAUCCGUCUAAAAGUUUGCAUCCCUCUUUAUGAAAUGUUCUCUCAGACUCUCUAUGUUCUCCUUUUGGAAUACAUUGGAGCAGCAUUGCUAUCUUGUCAUAGAAAUAUAUGCACAAUACCAUUCAAAAAAUUUGGACACACUUCUCUAUUCAAAUGAAAGAGAAAGUGCAUCCAAAUUUUGGACUGGUAGUUUAUGUAUCAUUGAAAUACCCAUCAGUAUUCUACUGUAUGGUAAAUCUGUUUGAGGUAGACAGUUCUCAAAAAAACUGAGUGACUAUGCAAGGAGGACACCAGUGAACAAAGCUAUCAAGAUACCUGGAAUAACUGUGAAGGCAUUAUUAGGCUUUUGCAACUGAUGCUGGAGAAAUUGUCCAGAGUGCAAGUUUUGCCUAUUUUACCACUCGUCACAUCUUCAUGCUUUCGAUGAUGAAGGAACAUUUGUAUGAGCUAUAUGCACAUUAAAUAUUAGGUUGGUGAGAAUAAAAAAAGUGGUUUACUCUUGUUGCCGUUUCAAAGUAAGGGGAUGUAAACCCUUUCCCUCAUUUGUUUAUUGUGGAUCAUUGCCCCCAAUUUGCCUAUUGAUGCUGGAAGUAUUAAAAUGUCAAGAUAUCACUGUUUAAUAGACACGAACACAGUCUAUGAGCCCAUCAAAUCUGACUGUCAACGCCUUUAUAAAGGACUGCCCGAGAAAGUUCAAAGAAUGUUGCACCAUCUGGACUGCAAGAUACGAGAGAUACCUUCUGUACAUCUGCAUGUUACUUCAUUUGCCUGUAGUCACGGCGAGUUCUAGGAGCGCCAUAUAAUUAUACACAGCUUUUGAAAAUAUCAGACUCCAUAAUUAAGGUAUAAUAACAUGGAUGUAUGUGUUUAGGUUAUUCUGUGCAAUAGAACCUGUUUUUAAAAAUGAUGUGCAUUACUGAACUAUGGUGUUUUUUAAGGUUGUUAGUUUUUUCUGAUUAUUAUUUUUUAUUAUUAUUCUGUCUGGCAGUUUACUGCUGGGUAGUUUUUAUGGGGAAAAAUUCCAUAGCAGAAAAAAUGUUUUGGAAUCGUUCAUAGUUUUCAGUACAAAGCAUUUAUAUGACAAUACAGAAAUGACUUUUGAUAACGCAGCAAAUGUCUGUAAAUAUAUUUUCUUCAGUUUAUCCUUUGGAUUUGUACAAGUAGUCUGCUUGGGUGGUUGCAGUCUAGGAGCUAAGAUCUGUAAGUGUGGUAGAUGCAACAAUGAUGAUGAUGAAGUAAGAGCUUUGUGGUUCAAGUGGAUUUCUUGGGCUCUCUUGAUAAAUUAAAGAUUUGAAAUACCUGUAUUUACCUCUCCAAUCUGGCAAUUUAUUUUAAACUUGCCUCACUUAAACCAAAUGCAAAAAGAUGCACUUUUAGACAUUUACUGUAACAUGUAGAAUUAAAUUGGAUUGAACUUGUGACACUAUGAAUCGACAUGGAACAUUUUAUGGCCUGAUUUAUGAUCCGAGAUAACAAGAACUAAUUUUCAUGGCCAAUCCAAACUUUUGUGUGCUGGGGUGCAGAAAACUUUGCAGGUUAUUUGUUAAGAGUAAAUGUACAAUUGAUAUCUGAUGGCAUGCAUAUAUGGCCUUAAUGUUCUCCCAGUGGAAUGCACUCAGACAGCUGUGUUCACAGUUCCACCAGCAGAAUACAGCAUAAUUAUUCAUAUUUAGUUUAAAUACCGUGAAUGGAACAAGAACUAAAAGUCCAAAAUAAGAGAUUGUUUUCUUGUUUUUUUUGUUUGUUUGUUUUAAUAUAAUGUGCAUGUUAACGCACACUGCAUCCUGUAUGCAGAGCUGUGAUAUCCCACACAGAUAUGACACUCUGAUAUUUGCAUCUGUGUGUAGUUCACCUGUUAUGCAUGGAGACACUUACUCAUAAAUAAAUGGGCACAAAGUAAAGUUAAAUUUGCCCAACAUUUUAAUGACUAUUAUUAUUAUUAUUGUUCUGUGAAGCCUCUGUGCUGGAAUAGUAUCCCAGAUAAUCUAUCAGGCACAAUCAAUUAACGCCAAGAUUUCAAACUUACAAAAUAAAGCAAAAUAUACAAAAUAAUAUACAAAAUAAAUCCAUUAAAUUUCUUUUUGACCUUCAUAAAUCAUGCUGAGUGUGUAAACCUCACCUAUUUUGCAUGCUUCCUCGCACAAUUUUGUGCACUCGGAUGGUCAAACCCAAAGUAAAUCAGGCCCUUAGAGUUUACUUGAAAAAAAAAAGGAUUCAAACACUUAUCAAAUAUGCUUAGAAGCCAAUCACAAGUUUAAUCCACCAUCUUUCACUCACAUAAUUUGACUUUUCAUGAAGUUUACUUUGGAAAGAUGGGUUGAUUAGAUUACAAAAGGAAUUAGCGUGAAAUGGCUCCAAAAUACUGUAGUUACAAUUUUAAAAAGAAAAAAUUACAUUAACACUCCAUUUGCAUCCUUUUGCUGUUGUUAGGUAGAUUAAGCUUGGUAAAAAAAAAAUAAAUAAAUAAAAAAUUGGGUCUCAGUAACAUUAAUAUCAAUCCAACCAGCCACAGACGUGACUUUCUUGGUGACUGUAAUACCACAUACAAAUAUAAAACAAUACAGGAUUUUUAAUGUGGGUAAAAUUAGGGGUUGGUGUUAGCACAAAUAUUGUGAAAUACCCCAUUUAAAAUAUGGAGAUGGUCAUUAUGAACCAGAAAAUACAAACUAUUGUCCAAAUGAUUGAUUCUAACCCCCCUGUACAUACCCCCUGAAAUCACAAACCGCCAAAUUUUACAUUUUUCAAUCAAAAAUGCUGUCCGGCAAUAAUAUAAGGGCCUGUAAACCAACAUGAAAUUUUUUUAGUAACAUUUUCUUUAAUAACACAAAAAAUACUAAUACAGCAAUGCUUUGGUUCAAAUAAUAAUCAACAUUUAAGGGUGAGUCCAUGGAAAUUUGAAGUCCCACAGCCCACAGCUAGUCUCGGUCAGCCAGAAUUGUAUCCAUGGCUUUACUAAAGUCAUCCAAAGUCACAUCUGCAUUUGAGGUAAUGUUUUUGAGGUACAGUUUCAGAUUCACUGCAUAUGUGUUCAUGGGCAGCUUCUUGUGGUCCUUCAUGAGGCGAAAGAGGUCACUUGAUUUUGGCAGGGAAAGCGAGGUAUCUCGAGCAUAGCGAACCUCCAGGUAGAGACGUCCAAUCUUGGUGUGUUCAUCUAUGUCAGUGGCUGCUACAUAUUCUUCAACUGCAGCAGCAGAUGUGAAUGGGCCUCCCAUUCCCUUCAGUGAAUCCAGCGAGAGCUGCUAAGUUUUUCCUGGACUCCGAAGCAAUGCUCAUGGUGGGUAGUGCCCUGUAUGUUCCAUUGAUCAUGAUUCCCUGCACAGAAAAUGACCCAGCACCCUGUUUUUUUGAGCCAUCAUCAGAGUAGGUCACCACAACUUGUUCAUCAGAGUUCAUGAUCUCCUUGACAAUCUCAUCUAGUGCCAGAACUUCGAUGCUCUUGCAGGCUUCCCUGAUACUCUUGGAUUCUGGCAGAGUGUCUAGAUCAAUUACUUCUGGCUCAUCAUGUGGCUUCCAGUUUCGUCCAAACAUCCGGUUACCGACCGUUAUGACAGAUGCUUCAGCCUGGGCUUCGGACAUGUGAUAACAGCUCUUCAGUUUAUCAAUAGUCUCAUAAAACUCUGGCCUAACUUUUCUUAUGCUCUCACGGAUGUGCUGGUAUUUUAGAGGCAGUUCGUCUCCUGGUUGAGUGAGAGUGACUGUGGAAGACAACCUGCGCUUCUUUGUCUGACUCUGAGUCUCCUCAGUCUCAGCUGCACUGGAGCAUUCAUCACAGGAUGAGAAGGCCGCAUCUGUGUCCAUACUGUGGUCACCUUCCUCUGACUGGUCACUGUCCUCAAAAUAGGCAACUGGCUGGCUCAGCUCCUUUUCUUUUUCAGCUUCUUCUCUCAUUUGAUCAAUGGCUUGCAUCUCCUUUUGCCUGCGCUCCAUUGUCUUCAUCCAUUUGCGGUCAACAAAGUCUUCACAGUACAUUUUCCUUUCAGCUCUCUGAUCACUGAGAAAGUUCCACUCCAUGUCACUCAUCUUUACACCAUGCUUCAGCUCCAGUUUCCUGCGUAUUACAGGGUCCUGACAGAAGAUGUCAAACACCUCCAGUGUUCGACUGUUGAAUGUCUCUGCUCUUUUGGAGAAACUAUCAUUUUGUCGCUGUUUUCGUGUCUGAACCAGAGUCAGAAAGUCAUAAUACAGCUUCAAAAUGUGCUUCUUUAUGUGCCUGGUGUGGAUGGUGUACAGGUUGCAAAACAGCCAGUGUUCCUGGACCAGUUCAGCAAGCAGCUGAGC